GUAGAUAAUGACCAUCGGAGCGCUCUCUUUCUUUCUGUACCUUUUUCCUGGUCAAGUUCGACGCUGGCGGUCCGCUUUGUUAGAGAAGAAUUUCAUUCGUGAAUUUACUUUCGCAGUCGAAGGGAGUGAGUGAUCUUUCGUGUGUGAUUCGAGUCGACUGAUAAGCGUGAUCGGUUAAACGGUAGUGUCGAGCGAGUGACAGCGACAGGUGGUCGAUUGGAGGAGGUUGAAGCAAAAACAUGAAGCAGACAAGGAGGCCUUGGAUCGUGGUCGUCAUGGUGACCGCUUUACUACUGGGGGAGUUUUCUACGAUCGUUAAAGGAUUCCCGCCUCGCCACGAAACCGUUGGAUGCGUUCGGCACUCAUCAUCCCUGAACAAGUGCAUCCAAAAUGCAAUCCAACACUACGUUACGUAUAUGUCCAAUGGGAAGAUUUCCGACCGGAUAUACGUGAUGUCGAUCGACCCAUUGGCCUUCCCGAACGCUACACUAGUGCGCAACCGUAACAUCCAUACGUACUUCCAGAGCCGGGAGAUGCGAGGGUUCAAGAACUCCUUCGUUACCGAUGUGAAGGCAGAUUUGAACAAGCUAGAGUUCUUGCUGCAGUUCCACAUGCCGGCCUUGGACGUUCACGGAUCGUAUAGGGCAGAGUUGGCCUCUGACAAGCAGAUUGCAGAAUGGGCGAAAAUGUUCUCUUCGAUUCGAAACUCGACGCUUCGCAUCCACCUGAAGGGAAUGACCUACGAGAACGACGACCGGAUAUACGUACGAGUUAACAUCACAGACUUCGACAUCUCCAUCGGCGAUCACACGGUGGGCUUCGGUUGGUUCACCAUGAGUGGAAACUACACGGAGCACAGUCAAAUGUUCGACCUGGAACGGGGACGAAACAUCCUGUCGAUUGUGGAGUCGGAAUUUACGGAAAGCUUCCGGGCAAACUUCCAGCAGCUGCUCAAUGACAUACUGCGGUUGGCGCCGUUUGAAAGAUUUUUCCCAAGCCAGUGAGAGUGAUGACGAUGAGUGGGCAAUCGGAGCAGCGAGAUGAAACCGGA